CACAAAUGUAGUUUGAUUGAUUGAUGUCACCUGCUCGCUCACCUAUAUUAGCUUUCUUCCUUCUGUUCUUAAAUCCUAAAACGACAACGUUUAGUCUCCCUUUAAAUCCCAUCACUGGACUCGACGACUUUUGCUCAGAUAAGGGAGACAAAAAUGGAAGUGAAAGGGAAAGAGACAGCUUCGGUUCUGUGUCUGAGCAAAUACGUGGAUCUAUCGAGUGAAGAGAGUCAUAGAUACUAUCUUGCGCGGCGAAAUGGCUUGCAGAUGCUCCGAGACAGAGGCUACGAAGUCUCCGACGAAGAUAUCAAUCUCUCCCUUCACGAUUUUCGAACUGUUUACGGUGAACGUCCCGAUGUUGAUCGUCUUCGCAUCUCCGCUCUGCAUCGCUCCGAUUCUACCAAAAAGGUAAAAAUUGUCUUUUUUGGUACUAGUAUGGUUAAAGUCAACGCAAUCCGCAGUGUAGUAGCGGAUAUACUUAGCCAAGAAACCAUAACUGGGCUGAUAUUGGUUCUGCAAAACCAUGUAACCAAUCAAGCCUUGAAAGCCAUUGAACUUUUUUCUUUCAAGGUCGAGAUAUUCCAGAUAACGGAUCUGCUAGUCAACAUAACCAAACAUUCACUGAAGCCACAACAUCAGGUGUUGAAUGAUGAAGAGAAGACAACACUUCUCAAGAAGUUCAGCAUUGAGGAAAAACAGCUUCCUCGGAUUUCAAAGAAAGAUGCUAUCGUCCGGUACUACGGAUUAGAGAAAGGGCAAGUUGUGAAGGUGAAUUACAGAGGCGAACUCACGGAAUCGCAUGUUGCCUUCCGAUGUGUGUGGUGAAGAAACCAAUUAAAAACCAUCUUGUGUACUUAUUUUCAGGAAAAAAUAACUUGUAUGUUUCUAAGGUUUUGUUUUUAAUCCUAGAAGAUCCGUUGCUUUGAACACAAGAAAAAAAGUUAAGGAAAAAAAAAAGAUCCUUUGCUUGUUCUUGAAAACAUUACCAUUUAUGUUUUCCGUACAAAGAGCAGUCACUACACGCUAUCAAUACACAAAAACAGGCCAUGGAGACUCCAACAUUUCUUCAGAGGUUCGAGGACAAUCAAAGCUCAUUGAUGGAUCGGUUUGAGCGGUUAUCUUUCGAGGCUCACCUCAACAAUGCCUUGCUUGGUCGAAGUUUAUCUGAGUCAGGCUUCUCUUUGAUGUACAGUGCAGUCGUCGAUGAUUCCCCGAUACAUACAGCAGCUCCGGCUAGCCAAGCCCGACGACGACUAGGACUGAAUAAGAUACUAAAAAAUCUGAUGAAACCAAUUAGAUAUUGUAGCAAAAAAAUGGGCAGGGGAAGAAAAGAAGAGGCGUGUGAUAUUGAUCCAAAGAGUUUGAAGAAGUGGCAAACUUUCAGCAAAUCUCUCCGAUUAUUUUGAUGCUUUUAUAAGUCUUGUAUUUUC